AUUUCCUGCUACCGCCCUCUUUUUGCCGUCAAGCGCAGAACUCUAUACGGCGUUGUCUCGUGCUUUUCCGCUAAACUCGUAACACAGGAAAAGUGGUCACGAUGUCCGGAGGUCUGGAUGUCCUUCAAAUGAAGGAGGAGGAUGUGCUGAAGUUCCUGGCCGCAGGAACCCAUCUGGGAGGUACCAACCUGGACUACCAGAUGGAGCACUACAUAUACAAGAGAAAGAGUGACGGCGUGUACAUCAUCAAUCUAAAGAAGACCUGGGAGAAACUCCUGCUGGCUGCUCGUGCUAUUGUUGCUAUUGAGAAUCCAGCUGACGUGUGUGUUAUCUCCUCCAGAAACACUGGCCAGAGAGCUGUGCUCAAGUUCGCCUCUGCCUCUGGUGCUACCACCUUCGCUGGUCGUUUCACUCCCGGAACCUUCACCAAUCAAAUUCAGGCUGCUUUCAGAGAGCCCCGUCUCCUGAUCGUGACCGAUCCUCGUGCUGACCAUCAGCCACUGACUGAAGCCUCAUACGUCAACAUCCCAACCAUCGCCAUGUGCAACACAGACUCUCCUCUGAGAUACGUCGACAUUGCCAUCCCCUGCAACAACAAGGGUCACCACUCUGUGGGUUUGAUGUGGUGGAUGUUGGCCAGAGAGGUUCUCAGGAUGAGGGGCACCAUCUCCAGAGAGCAUCCAUGGGAGGUCAUGCCUGAUCUUUACUUCUACAGAGAUCCCGAGGAGAUUGAGAAGGAAGAGCAGGCUGCCGCUGAGAAGGCUGUUGGUAAGGAGGAGUUCCAGGGUGAAUGGACCGCCCCUGUGUCCGAUUUCACCCAGCCCGAGGUGGCUGACUGGUCUGAGGGUGUUCCGGUUCCAUCUGUCCCCAUCCAGCAGUUCCCAGCUGCAGUUGAAGCUGCUCCUGCCAAGCCUGCCGCUGCUGAGGUGUUUGCAGAGGACUGGAGCGCUCAACCUGCCACAGAGGACUGGUCUGCUGCCCCCACGGCUCAGGCUGGAGACUGGGGCGGCACCACCGCAGACUGGUCUUAAGUGAAGUUAAACAGAGUCCAGUGUCACAUGGAUAAAAUAAACCUGUUUGUUUAAAA